AUGUCUACCACCACCACCACCGUUGAGACUGCUCAGGUCAACCCAAACCUGCAUGGUCUUGGUCGCAUGCGUGUCGAUGGCACUGAUCACCACUUUGGUGAUUUCCGAGAUGAUUUGACCAGAGAUGGAUUCGCAAUCGUCAAGGGCGCUAUUCCCAAAGAGAGGGCUUUGAAGUAUGCCGAUGAGAUGUACUCUUGGUUGGAGGGCUUUGAACUGGGAUUUGACAGAAAUGAUCCGUCUACGGUGCACAAAGACAAGCUUCCCUUGAUCAAUGAGAAAGGCAUGUGUCUGCACUAUGGUCUUCCUCAUGAGAACUUUGUCUGGGGUAUCCGAAGUGAGCCAGGUGUUGUCAGUGCCUUUGAGAAGAUCUAUGACGAUGAGGAUCUCAUUGUGUCCUUUGAUGCCAUCAACUUCCAAUUCCCCAAUCGGACCGACAUUGCUCCCAAUAAGCCUUGGCCUCACCAGGACCAGGACCCCGAGAAGCAUGGCUUCCGCUGCAUGCAAGGACUGGUGAAUAUGCUGCCCAACGGCCCAGACGACGGCGGACUGAUCGUGUGCCGCGGGGGCCACCUGCUGUCCGAACAAUUCCACCAAGAAAUGGCCGACGAGGCCCGAAUCCCAGCCUGGACACCGGAGUGGUAUGGAUUCACCGAGCGCGGCAUGAAGUGGCUCGAAGAUCACGGCUGCCAGUGGGAAAAGCUCAGCGCCGAGCCUGGCGAUCUCCUUCUAUGGGACUCCCGCACGCCUCACUACAACCUGAGUCCGAAGAACAGCCAACCGCGCUUCGCCGUCUACACUUGCUUUAUGCCUGUUGCUGAUGCGACGCAGGAGGACUUGCUUCGUAAGAAAGAUGCCUUUGAUCGUCGGGUUGGAACGACACACUGGCCGAAUGCGAAGCAUACUGGAUCGAAUAUCGCCCAGCGGGACGGCGAAGAAGAUCCUCACAAUCGUUCGAAGCCACUGGCCGAUCCGACUUUGACUGAGAGGGCUUUCAAGCUCACUGGAAUCCCUUAUAUCAAGACUUAG